AUGGAGACCGGAGACAGUAGCAAUACUGGGCAGCCAGCCCAUACUGUACCAAAUGUUCAGAAUCAGGCACAGAACUUCAGGGCUGAUCCACACCCGAAUGUCUAUGUUGGGGGAGGAUUCGGAGCUCCUUUCAUGCAGCAGCAGCCUGUGUACCAACAGCCAGGCUAUGGGGUUGGGAUACAAAAUCUUCUCUAUCAGAUGAAUCCCAACCUGGUCCAGCAGUUCGCCCAGCAGGAGUACUGUCCUCCUUCCAAGGAUGCCAAGUUAAAGAAGCAGAUCCUGAAUUUUCAGCAGUUUGGCAAUGAAGAUCUUCCUGAGGCUUGGAAGAGAUUUAAGGAGUUGAGGAGGCAGUGCCCGAAAAAUUUGAUGACACCAGGUGACUUUAUUUCAUCAUUCUAUGAGGGGUUGACUAACCGGUCAAAGAUUAUCCUAGAUACCUCAUCCUUUGGGGGUAUUUUCACUAAUAUGGGACCGGCAGCUGGAGAGCAGAUGAUUGACAGGAUCACCUCUAACAACACUUACUGGUACACUGAGGGGGAUGAUAUACCCAAGAGGGAGAAGACAGCUGGAAUGUUUGAAGUUGAAGAAAAAAUGGCAAUGCAGGCUCAGCUGGAUACCAUACAACACAUGCUAAAACAGUUAGUACAGGGCCCUACUCAGAGUGUCCAGGCAGUUGCUCAGCCUCCACUAAUUCCACAGAAUCCUUAUGUUCCUAACCCCUAUUCUGGGCCACAGGGCCAGGGGCAAGGUUAUGGGACUUAUCAGCAGCAAGGAAGAGAUCAGUUUGUUCCCUCUUGGAACAAUCAAGGCAAUCAACUUCUCAUGAACACUAUGAUGGCUCAGUUUGGCAAGCUACAAGCAGAGAAUUUUCAGCUGUUUGGCAAGCUACAAGCAAAAAUAGAUGGUCUCAAGGCUCAGCAACAAGGAGGAGUGCCUGAGAAAGCUGAUAAGAAGGAUGAGGGUGUUCAGGUUAAGGAUGUUCUUGAUGAUAGUGAGGAGGAGCCUGUGGUGCAGGGAGAUAGUAUUAAGGAGAAAGCUCCUGAGCAGGAUGAGAGUGCUCCAAGUAAGAAGCAUGAAAGGAAGAACAAGAAGGUAGAUGACUCGGUUAUACCUUACAACCUGUUACCAUAUCCACAGAGGUUGUGGAAAUCAAAGCAGUCUGAUAGAGAGAGCAAGUUCCAUAAGAUGUUAGAUAAGCUGGAGAUCUCCAUGCCUUUUGUUGAAGCAAUCACUCAGAUUCCAUCGUACAAGAAGUUUCUGAAGAAUAUUUUAGGCAAUAAGAAAAAGCCAGAGAAGAGUGCGGUGGUGGAUCUGAGCGAAGGAGCCUUAACUUGUGCAGUUCUUCAACAUAAACUACCUCCUAAGCUGAAAGAUCCAGGUAGUUUUUCCAUCCCUUGCAUCAUUGGUGGAUUUGUAGUUGGGGGUGCUCUGUUCGAUCUGGGUGCCAGUGUUAGUCUUAUGUCAUAUUCUUUAUGUAAGAGGCUCAACCUGGGAACACCAAAACUUACCUCCAUGACCCUACAGAUGGCGGAUCGCUCCAUAAAGCGUCCGGUGGGAGUUCUAGAGGAUGUCCCGGUCAUGAUUGAUCAAUACUUUAUACCAGGGGAUUUUGUUGUUAUAGAUAUAGAGGAGGAUGCCAAGGUUCCUAUUAUACUUGGUAGACCUUUUCUAGCUACUGCUGGUGCACUUAUUGAUGUGAGGAGAGGAAAACUAGUGAUGGAGGUGGCUGAGAACAAGAUUGAGUUUGACAUAUUCAAAAUGGCGAAGCACCAGCCCUCGUAUGUGGAUGAGUGUUACUUGAUAGAAGGGCUGGGUGAGUGCACUGCUGAAAGUAGAAAGAUUGAGUUAGGGGAUUUGCAUAUUUCCCCUAUUGAUCCUGGACCCCCUGAACUGUCAAGUGUGCUGAAACAAAAGAAAAAGUUCUCUGGUCCUGGUGGUGAAACCGAGCUUGGGCGCGAAAAAGGACAAAACUGCGCAAGGCGGAGCCUGGAUCACGGCCACUGUCACGGCCGUGACCCAGGCCGUGAUGCCGAGGCAUCGUUUUUUCACCGAACAGGGCAAAAGAGGGCUCUGGGUCACAGGCCACCUCCCAGCCGUGACCUAGGCCGUGAUGGUGGUACUAGAAUUCCAGUGCUGAGAGCACUAUAG